GGAUGGGUGGCAUCCGGUGGGAUCCAGACCAACGGGUGUCAAGUUGGAGUCACGCGGUUCCCGUUCACCGCUUACUUGAACCCUGGAACUUGUAGUUCUUCAGCUCCCAGUGCCUGUUGAUUAGAAGCGGUUCGGAACUACAAACGCUCCGAUGUUGCGCAGCCGCAGUGGGUUCGAGGGUCGACGAGGGGAAAAAAGAAAAAAAAACGCAUCCGGGACGAUUCACGGAUCCCUGCAGUUGUCGUCGGAAACGUCAAGAGAUAAACGCUAUAUUUCGGAAAUAAUUGGACUUUCAAGAUGGGAGAUCGGGUGAAUAACUUCCCUCCCCUGCCUCUGUUCAUGAGAAUCAAACCGUGCUUUUACCACAACAUCGAAGAGGAAAUUCCUGAAAUCUACCAGCAGUUGGUGCGCAGAAUCUACACACUUUGGAUGAUGUAUUCAGGUGUGCUCUGUUUAAAUGUGAUCUCAUGCAUUGCUUGGUGGGCCGGGGGUGGAGGUGCCGUAAACUUCGGCUUUUCCCUUCUCUGGCUCGUCCUCUUCAGCCCGUGCAGCUACACCUGUUGGUUUCGACCCCUCUACAAAGCCUUCAGGGCAGACAGCUCCUUCAACUUCAUGGCCUUCUUCUUCAUCUUCUUCCUCCAGUGUGUCUUGGCCCUCAUCCAGACUGUGGGCAUACCCGGCUGGGGAACAAGCGGCUGGAUUGCGACGGUGAUGUUUUUCAACCACAAUGUGGGCUCGGCUAUAGUGAUGCUUCUCACCUGUCUGCUCUUCACUGUGGUCACCGCUUUAAUGGCGCUGGUUCUCAUUAAGGUGCACAGAAUGUACCGCGGCGGCGGCGGCAGCGUGAAGCGCGCUCAGGAGGAGUGGAGCACCGGCUUGUGGAAGAGCGCUCCGGUGAGGGAGGCGGGGUUCAACGCCGUGACCCAGUCGGCCCAGGGCCCCAGCUUGCCCCAGUACCCGGCCGCCGUGCCCAGCUACCCCGACAACAGUCACUGGUGAUAGCCGGGAGUCGCCUCUAGAUGGAGGCAGACGGCUCGGUGGUGCACAACAAAGCACUUGAACGCACCAUUUCAUCUCACCCUUUGACAACAUGCAUAGGUAUAUAUUUCCUUUUUUUUUUUUUUUUUAAUGAGAAGUUAGGAUUGCUGUAAAGAUUUGUUUUAUCAAAGAGUUUUUCAUAAGAGGUCAUUCCAUUUCAAUUUUUGUUUACAUCUAGUUUCUUGAAAUGAACGAGAGACACUUUUAUGCUCACCAUUCUUGUAAAUAUGCAACUGGAAUAUCAAAAAAGAGCGCAACCUGUUUCGGGAUAGCGGUGUGGGAAUGACGUGUGCCUUACGGACCUUUAUGAUAGUUUUAUGAAUUGCCAAAUCUGCAUGCCAGGAAUCGUAGUGUGCCAAAACGACAGUUUCUUUAUCUUCUUCUUCUUUUCCCUUUUGUAACGAGAGAACUGCACGAUUUGUAUCCCCUGGAUUUAUGUUCUGUGUAUUCAUGUCAGGAGUUUAUUUUUGAUACGCCGUGCUCGCUCGCCUUGGCUUCUAGAAAUGCGCCCUUAAUAUUGCGUACAGAUUUUGUAUUUGAAAAAUAUCUUGCUUGACUUUUGCCUUUUUUUAAAAAGCUCUGCCUUCCUUCUGUUGCUGUAAAACUGGAUUUGUGCUUCAGUGAAGCAACGAUUGGAAUCAUUUCAAAAGCGUUAACGCUCUACUGUGAUUUCUCACUGAUUUGCCAAAAAAAACACAUGACAAUAUUUUGAUACUUUAAAAAAAAAAAGAAGACUCACACCCAAAGUAGAUAUUGUAUUCUCAGUUUCUGCAUUUCCAAAGCGGCAUUGUCUGCUCUUCGUGGUCAGAACCGCAGCUUCAAUGUUCGUCACUUUCACUUCCCCCUCCUCCCCCCCCUCAGCAGUGUGCUCGUUGCAUGCAGCCCGGCGUUGGAUUCUCUGACUGUCAGUGAACUGACCUCAUGUAGCCGAUACCGACCGGCAAAAAACAACUGACUGAAAAAAAACUGGACUGAUAGGCCUACUGUCAUUCCCAGCAGAUCUCAGUUCAGAUUAAAAUCCAGUGAAUAUAUCUGUUUAUGAAGGUAAUCGAACAGUUUAAAUACUAUUAUUUUGGCUGGACGAUACAAAAGAAGUAGUUCCGGGAAGUUGAAGGUGCCACGCAGCCUCGUAGUUAGAUUUUUUUGCGCUUUUUUUUCUGUUACGAAAAAAAGUGUCCUUCAUGGCCAACUGCCAAGAUUAGUAUUUUGGAAAUGGGUAUGUUAAUAAAGUAACAUUAUUGCACCACUUCAAUAAAGAUUCGUAUUCCCUCA